AUGAAACCUCCUUACGCUAAUACUCAGCAGAAUCAACAGCAACGGCAGCAGCAGCAACAACAGCAUCAGCUGCAAUUACAGCAACAAGAACAACCACCAAAUCCUGACUUGGACAAUGGCGUCCAACAGGCGCUUUUUUGUUUGGACCUAGAGUCCGUGAAUCUAGACAUCCACCAUCUUGGUUCGGCUCCCGCCCGCGUGGCGCGUUUUCUGCGGCGACAGCUCGUUCCGGCCCGCCAGUUUCUGGCAGACAAACGGGGUAGAGAAGACAUCCUCCGGCCUACCUGCGUGCGGUUUACGGACCACCAGCAGCAGCAGCCAGAGAGCCCGAUUUGCAUGAAUCGGGAAAAUCAACUCUUUUUCGCCAACGAAAAAAUCAAACAAAACAAAGAAUCCCAAAGUCCCAACCACCCAGACACGAAUCAACACCCCGUCGCCGCCGAAGUGGUUGGACUAGCGCGCAUCGGCGGAGAUGCUGGUGCUGCCGAGAGCUCGUGGAGGAAAAACUAG